AUGCGUCUCCUCCCCCUCACUCUCGUUCUCGCCAUUCAAUCCGUCUUGGCCGCCCAACCUGCGAAGCGCUUCUACAACACGCACGACUACUAUGUAUUGGAACAUGACCCUCUGGAAGGAGCAUCGCUGGCCGAGAUUGCGAGCGCGUUAGGCGUCGAGGUCGUUGAGCAGGCGGGGGAGCUCGCAAACCACUGGCUUGUACGCGUGGCGAAGGGACUGCAGAAGAGGGAUGCGGACCCGGUUCUACGCUCAUUAGAAGGCCUUCGGCUGGAGGCAAAAUCACCUCAUUCCCCUCGUUCGGAAUCUACGUUACAAAGACGAAGAGUUGCUUCGUCCGUCAAGAACGUCUUUCCCCAGACCCUCCGUCAGCGCGUCAAGCGCGCUCCUCCACCUAUACGACCGCCGAAGGUCGAGACUGCUGAAGAGGUCGCGCACCGUCUCGAGUUCCAAGACCCGGAGUUCGGGAGGCAAUGGCAUCUCGUCAACAACGACUACCCGGAGCAUAUGAUGAACGUCACUGCGCUGUGGGAGGACGGCAUCACUGGCAAGGGCGUCAUCACGGCAUUCGUUGAUGAUGGCCUGGACUAUACUAGCGAUGAUCUCGCAGCAAACUUCUACGCGUACGGCUCGUACGACUACAACGACCACACCGAUCUCCCCACACCUGUCCUCUUCGACGAUCACCAUGGCACUCGCUGCGCAGGACAGGUCGCUGCUGUUAAGAAUGAUGUCUGCGGUGUUGGGAUUGCGUACGACUCGAAGGUCGCGGGUAUUCGAAUACUCUCAGGACCCAUUUCGGACAUAGAUGAGGCUGCUGCCCUCAACUACGACUACCAGAACACUUCCAUCUACUCCUGCUCUUGGGGCCCUCCCGACGAUGGUAGGUCAAUGGAGGGACCUGGCUAUCUCAUCCGCAAGGCUAUGGUCAACGGCAUCCAGCAAGGACGCGGCGGCAAAGGCUCUCUAUACGUCUUCGCUAGUGGAAACGGCGGUCGCAGUGGUGACCAGUGCAACUUUGACGGCUAUACCAAUAGUAUAUUUUCUGUGACAGUCGCCGCGAUUGACUUCAAGGGGUAUCAUCCGGAUUACUCGGAGUCGUGUGCCGCGAAUAUGGUCGUUGCGUAUACUUCCGGUGGUGGCAACUACAUCACUACCACUGAUAGGGGGAAGAACAAAUGUUCUCACUCACACGGCGGUACUUCUGCUGCGGCACCUAACGCUGCGGGGAUCUUCGCACUUGCGCUGCAAGCCCGCCCUGAUCUUGGGUGGCGCGAUGUCCAGCAUCUCUGCGUCCGUACAGCUCUGCAGGUGAAUCCGGAUGAUCCUGACUGGGAGCAGACGGCGGCAGGCCGGCCUUACAGUUACAAGUAUGGCUAUGGGAGUCUGAGCGGCGUCGACUUCGUCAAGGCUGCGCAGACAUGGAAGCUGGUCAACCCGCAGACAUGGAUCGAUCUUCCCGCGGUGCAGAUCAACAACGGUACGAUGGACGCGAACUGGACCACAACUGGGGGAAGUCCCAUCCCUGAGGACGGCGUCGAAAGCAAGAUCACCGUUACGAAGGAGCUGCUCGAGGAUCACAACUUCGCUGGGCUGGAGCAUGUUACCGUCAAAGUGUGGAUCACACAUACGCGUCGCGGAGAUGUAGAGGUCGAGCUCGUGAGCCCGAAUGGAGUCAGAAGCGUCCUUGCGGCGCGCCGUUACGGUGAUAACGCGAACACCGGGUAUCCAGGCUGGACGUUCAUGACCGUCAAGCACUGGGAUGAGGACCCCGUCGGAGAAUGGACCAUUCGCGUUUCUGAUCAGCGCAAAGAGGAUCAGUCUGGUGUAUUCUUGGGUUGGUCUAUGUCCAUCUGGGGAUCCGUAGCGGAUCCAGAAAAGGAGCACAAGCCUUACGUUGUUCCUCUUGAGGACGAUGUCCUCCCGCCACUGCCUUCCAACACCACCGACGAUGGUUCAUCAUCCUCCAUUGUUCCUUCCUCUACCAGCACGAAGACGAUCCCCCGUCCCACCGAACAUCUCCCUGGUGACCAUGGCGAGUCCGAUGGUGAGAACCACAAGCCCGCGUUCUCUACGACCGGUACAGCCGCGAGUCCGACCAAACCCCCAGAGGAUGUCGCGGAGUCCGCGACAGCCUCUCCGUCCAUCACCUCGACGCCCGACGAGGGCUGGUUCUCCGACCUCGGAAGUUUGGCUUCGAACCAAGUGUGGUUCUUCCUGGCCAUCGGAGCAGUCGUCAUUUUCGGCGUCGGCGUUGGGCUAUUCUUCUGGCGUCGCUCGGUCGCACGCAAGCGGCGCGCGAACUACUCCAGCCUCCACGACGACGACGUCGCGAUGGGUGCCGUAGGUCGGAACAGCAGUGGAGCGCGCGCACCGAGACAGACGAAAGAGUUGUACGACGCGUUUGGGGAGGUGUCUGACGAUGAGGAUGCAGACGAAGAGACUGCGCUGCGACCGCACAUCGCCUCUCCUGGUCUGCAUACAGGCCUGCACUCAGGCUUCCUAGACGAUGAUGACCCUCCUACGGCAGGGAGCGACCCCAAAGAGACACGCUACCGAGAUGAGCCUGAGUCGCCAGUAGACGACGAGAAGGAGCGCUCAGGAGCGACGAGUCCAGGAAGUGGCAGUGGCAGCGGGAGUAGUUGGGAGCAUGCCUCGGAGACGCGAUAG